GGUUGUAUUGAUUACAUUUACGAAUAAAGGAGAUUGAUUAGUGGGUAAUCCUGAAUGUUUAAUCCAGAAAUUAGGUUAAGUGGCACUGUUGGCCAACUAAAAGCAUCCCCGAAUGUACUCAAUAAUGACACUCUCUAAUCCUUUUAUUGGGUUAGGAAUUACGAAAUUCUUCAACGUAUUAAUGAUUAUAACUUGCUUACAAAGCCAUAUAACACACACGAGACUGCAAAUAAAACCCCUACCAAAAUCCCCAGUUUUCCAUCAUUUCCACUCUUACAGAUCGUAUACACCCCAUAGGACAAGCGCAUACAUUUUCCAAGGUAGCAAGAAGCAAACCAAAGAAGGAGACAAAAGAGAGAGAGAGAGAGAGAUGAAAGAUCGGAUACAACGAUGUGUAGCAUUGCCAUUUACUCUGGGUUGCUCAACGCAAUCCAGCGUCGCCGUGGCUGAUACUCAUGAUCAACCCAAGAAACCAGACCAGCUCAUCAAGAGAAGAGAAGAAAGUGAUGAAAAUGGAUUGUUUCAAAAAGAAGACUCGAACAUAGACAACAACAACAACGGCAGUGCUAAUAUCUCAGACAAAAUUAUUCGAAGCUUCAAGAGUUUUUCUCACUACUUCAUUCGUUACGAAGAGGAGAGGGAAGAAAGAGAGACGGAGAUGGAGAUAGGGUUUCCAACGGACGUGAAGCACUUGAGCCACAUCGGAGUCGAUGGAAUCAUGACCACUUUUGACGUCUAUUCCACGACCAAUUCCUCAUCUUUCCCAUUCGCUGGUUUCCAUCUCGCUGCCGUCUGAUUUUAAUUUGUGUCUUUAACUAUAAAACAACUUUACAUAUACUAUUUUACAUUUCUGUUAAUAUGCAAUGGUUUCAUUUUCAUAUACGUAAGAGUAGAGACCCUUAUUGGGUUGCAAAGAAAACACCACAAUGUCUGUCCAAUAAUAACUUUCAAAAGAUGCAUUUUUCAUCUUUCAAUAUUCA